CUGCUUUAAUAGUUUGACAAAUCAUGGACUAAUGAUUGGUUAAUAAAUCAGCAGUGCAGGAGGUUCUUAUACAUUGAUCUAAAAAUAAAAAGCUCAAACUGCUACAUGUAUGAGUAUGGAGCAUCUCACUCGAACAAUCUUAAUGUCGUGAAAAUAUGGUUAUAAUUAAUGAGCUGCAAACUCAUUGUUUUUGCGAAGUGUAGUUAGAUUUUCAGAAUGGGAAACAUUUCUUCAUUUCAGACAGAACUUCUGAUUCUGUUUUCAGUUCUGCCACUGCCGUUCGUUGCUGAGUAUUUAGAGACUACUUUUUCCAAAGUGACAUCCCUAAGUAAUAAGAAAGCGAUCUCUAACUUGCUCUGGCAAAGGUCCGGAAGUAAGAUGGCGUGUCUGGCGGCAUGUGCCACGGACAGUAGGUGCGUGUCCAUCUUCCUGGACGGACAGUCCUACUGCAGCGGACAUCACGUGAUUUAUACAACUACCAGCACAAUGCAAACCUCGCCAGGCCUCGUGUACUACGAAAUACAAGAUCCUGCCAGUAAGCUUGGCUGUGUAGCAGUGCCAGGUGAUACCGGAUAUUGCGUCAGAUUAAACGUUACUAAAUUGUCGUGGCCCGACCAGGUCCUGGCCUGUCAGACAGAAAACAUGAGGCUAGCCUCACUGACCACUGACCUCAGGGUCACGUUUGUCCAGAGUUACCUGCUAGGGAUUGGGCACUCCCAGGCGGUGACAGUCGGGGCUUAUUUGACUUCCGGGACGUGGUAUUGGAUGUCGGGGGACCUUCUGUCGCCUGUCUCCCCCCAUUGGGGCCCCAGUGAACCCACAUCCGGUCCGGGGGAGGAGUGUGUCAUCAUGGCGUUCGCUAUUGGGUUUCAGUUCAACGACGGUCAGUGUGCCACACUGAAAACAUUUCUCUGUGAUAUGUCCUAUAUAGCGAUUUAAGUGAUAUUCCAGUCAGAAUAUCGAAAUUUUUAUUUUAAACACUGCUUUUUUUUCAUUCCACUAGCAUUCUUAUGUUAAUGUACAAUGUAUCUGUACUUCGUAUUGAAUACGUUUG